AUACGCCGCGCUCGUGCUCACGCAGCCUCGUCCCCGUAGAGAGAGAGACGUUUCUGUUGCUUCCCGUUGCAACCCGCAUACGGAUUUGCCCCAGUCGCGUGUAUCGCGUGCACGAGUAAGAUCGAGAAUCGUGGGAUCUUCGUAUAUCGCAUCGCCCGGUGCGCCGAUGUUCUCAGAUUACAUCGGGAUAGACGGGUCGCUGAUCCAUUCGUGUUGGAAGAUCGUGAGACUCUUUGCGUGAGGUUCGAACGAUGCGAUCAUGGGCGAGAUGGCGAUAUGUAGCCUCUCUUUCUCUCUCUCUCUUUUUUUCUCUUUCAACUUCGCAGAUAAUUAUCGCACAGUCGCGACGAUAGAUCGAUAGAUAAAAAAUGCGCAAGACCUCGACGCUGUGACGAAAAGAAAUCCGGUUCUGCGACACACAUUUCCCGUUCGAUUUUAUAUAUAAUAAAUUUUGUUUUUAUCUCGUCCGAUUUAUCAAUGAGAUCAAAGCUCCGCGCAACAGGCACGCAAAAAAUGGCCAUCGCCGCCUCGGAGAAUUAUCAGCUGAAGUGGCACAGUUACGGGGCGCAUCUGCAUAGCUCCGUCGCGACGCUGCUUCACUCGGAGUCCUUCGCGGACGUUCUGCUGGCCACGUCUUGCGGACGACACGUGGCGGCCCAUCGAUUCGUCCUUGCUGCCUGUUCGUCCUAUCUCAGUCACAUUUUCCAAACAUGCCACUUUGGCGCGAACACCAAUGCCCCGAUUAUCGUAGUAUUGCCAACGGAGAUCGGAUACCGUACGUUAAAAAUCCUGAUCCAAUACAUGUACAGCGGUGAAGCCACCGUGACGAACGAUCAAUUGGAAGGAGUAUUGAAAGCCGGUGAUAUAUUGCGCGUACGCGGACUGUGGAGGUCGAACACAGGCAGUAGCAAAAAGGAGAACAUACAGUCGAAUAAUCAGAAAAUUGAACGCGACAAGCGGGAACCGACGCAGCUGGCCGGACAGAUACAAAAGAUCAAGUUGAUACAACCGACUCAGGAGAAGGUGGCUGACAGCGCGCAGCAGCAACAGGCGGCGCCGACCUGCCAAAAUAACGUACAAUCCACAAAAUCGGUCGAAAGGAAGAGCAUCGAGAAGACCGAGGAGAAGACCAACGAACCCGAACCGAAAAAAGUAUUGGAGGAGAACCAAAAUAAUGAACAGAACAAGAACAAGGAGAAUCUCGAGACGAACGGCAAAAAGAAGAAGGCCGUUAACAGCGACGUCGAAUCGACCAAGUCGAAGUCGAGCGAAGGUGGCGAAAAUACCGAACUAAAUCUGGAACUGUUAGUGAAGGACGAGCCGAUCGAUUGGGAAGAGUCGAUCGAUCCGUCGGAAUCGCUCACAAUAGACCAUGAGAUCGAUAUCAAACCAGAGAUUGUGCACAGCGCGGAUGAGGACGGGGAUAUUGAGGAAGAGGAGUACACACCGCUGACGUGCGACAUGUGCAGUCAAACGUUUAACAGACCGUCAGAUUGGGUGAAACAUAUAGAAUUCACGCAUGCCGACAUGACCGAAAAUCGGAGAAAGAGACGAAAGGACGACAUGGCCGACGACAACAAGGAAUUUCCGCCGCUGAAGUGCGAUCUGUGCGGCAACAUGUAUUCCACGCCACAGGAAUGGGUGCGUCACAUACAAACGGAACACACGGAGGAACAGUUGGCUCUGAUGAACAACUCGGCGCCACCUAAACCGAAGAGGGUUCACAAUCACCAAAAGUUAUGCAACAUAUGUCAAAAGGAAUUUCCAAGCCACGCCUCGAUGGUCAUCCAUCAGAGAACGCAUACGGGCGAGAAGCCCUUUCUCUGUUCCUACUGUAAAAAGGGCUUCAACGUAAAGAGCAAUCUGCUGAGGCAUUUAAGGACAUUGCAUGACAAAUACGUACAUCCCAGUUUGUACGGAAGUAAUGGUUGCAAGAACACUUAAGAGCUCUUCUUCACAUCCCUUUUUGAUGCGUAUAUAAAAGAUUUCUGUUUUGCAUGAGCGUCUCAGUCUCGCACAGGGACUACAACAUUUUAUGUAUAUUUAUUAAUUAUGUCUAUGUAGACUGAACGUGUAUCUAUAUAAACGUAAAAAAAAAAAAGAUGCCAAAUCGGAGCAUAAUGUGAGCACGAUGAACUGAGUCGGGAUCUGUAUGAAUCUUCAUUGAGAAAGCAUAAUCGAGCGCAUCUGAAAAAUUCACACACAAUGCAUAUUGGAGAGAAAAUCUAUACAAAACUAUUUUUUCUAAAAGGUAGCGACCGCAUUGUUUAUAUAACAACCUUCUUCUUUUCAACAUUUGUAUAAAAAAAUGGUAGAGCUCCUCUCUCAUUAAAAAUAAAAAAAUUUUUUUUUUCUAUUGAGUUAAGACAAGAAAGCAAUAUCAGGGCUUUAAUACCAAAGAGGCUGAUUAAUAUUGCCAAAAGUUGUCUCAUUCUUUGUUUUUAACUUUCUUCUUCUUCUUCUUCUUCUGACGUAGUAAGCAAAAAAAUUACUUAUUGUGUUUUAGUAUCAAAAAAAUUUUCUUUAAAUAUGAGAGACAAGCAGAAUGACUUUAUUACUUAUAGAUCUGUCGAGAAGUGCUUGCAUGUAAAAAUACUUCUAUAGGUAUAAAUCAAUUUAAUAAUUAAUAAUCUAAUAAUUAACUUAAUUAUUUAGAAUUACUAUUACGAAAUCCAAAUUAUGUAAGAUUUAAACUGUAUACUUCUAGGCUAUUCCAUCCACUGAUAGCCCUUCUAUUCCCUCAGCUCGUAAGUUAAUGUGUAAGUUAUAAUUAUGUAUUUUUAUAUUAAAGUAGCUUAUACAGACAAAAUGUUUAAGUAAGAGAUACAAGAUACUUGCAUUAAGCAAAACUUGAAAGAUUUCGAUUUAGGCGUUAGGAUAUAAGAGUAAUAUAUAAAAUAUAUAAUAUAUUCAAAAUUUAUCAAUUUUUUGGAAAUAUAUUGAGUUCUUCUCUUACAUUAUAUAUAAAAAAAGCGCAAUAUUAUCAAAAUACUGUCACAGUCCUUGAAACAGUAACAAUGUGAAUAUUGAUUAAGAUGAAUAACACCAUUUUGCUAUAUUAAUCGUUAACGUGACACACUCUACUAUGAAUUUUAGUGUCAAUUCUGCAUUGUGCUAGCACACUGUGACGAGCCAAAUAACUUAAAAAAAAAAAAAAA